AUGUCCCUCGUUCGCGUCCUCACGGGCCACGUGCGCGUCGCGCUCGACGCGACGAACGCGCCCGAGAUCGCGCGCGAGAUCGCGCGCGUCGCGGUGACGACGAUCGAGCAGAGACACGCGUGGACGGCGGUGAUCGCGAUCGCGAUCGUUUUGCGAGUGCUACUCGUCGAGCGCACGCCGAAGAUCGUCGUCGCGCUCACCGAGGAAGAGGCGUCGUGCGAGGGAGAUGCGUUGACGUUUGAUCCAUCGGGCGCGUGGCCGACGAAGACGGUGCCGUGUUACGACCCGGGGACGAUGAGACGGCUCGGGCCGGACGUCGAGGCGAUGAGCGCGGAGGAGGUUCGCGCGCGGAUUCGGAGAGCUUCCGAGGCGCAGAAAGAGUGGGCGAAAAGCAGCUUUGCGACUCGAAGAAAAUUACUUCGAGUGAUCCAGAGGUUCAUUCUGGAGGAGCAGGAUUCGAUUUGUCGCGUGAGCGCGCGGGACAGCGGGAAGCCGCUCGUGGACGCGGCGUUCGGGGAGGUUCUGGUGACGCUCGAGAAGAUUCGGUGGCUGUGUAACGAGGGUGAACAGUGGUUAAAACCCGAAUCGCGGUCGAGCGGGGCGAUGAUGUUUUAUAAGAAGGCUCGAGUGGAGUAUCAUCCGGUUGGCGUCAUGGGGGCGAUCGUGCCGUGGAACUAUCCGUUUCACAACGUCUUCAAUCCGUUGGUGGCGAACCUGUUUGCGGGCAACGCGCUAGUGGUCAAGGUGAGCGAAUACGCGACAUGGAGCUCACAGUAUUACGGACGCGUCAUCGACGCCGCGCUCGAUGCCGUCGGUGCUCCUAGAGACUUGGUGCAAAUCAUCACCGGGUAUGGUGAGGCUGGUAACGCACUCGUCACUGGCGGUUGCCAAAAGGUGGUCUUCGUCGGGUCGACUGGAAUCGGACGCAAGGUUAUGGAAGCGGCGGCGAAGACGCUCACGCCCGUCGUCUUAGAACUUGGUGGUAAGGAUCCGUUCAUUGUCUGCGCCGACGCCGAUUUGAAGCAGUGCGUUCCGAUGGCGCUUCGCGGUGCGUUCCAAUCUUGCGGUCAGAACUGCGCGGGCGCGGAGCGAUUCUACGUCCACGAAAAGAUCCACGAUAAAUUCUUGGGCAAAGUGGUGGAUUCGGCGAAGAAGCUUCGCCAAGGUUGGGCUCUGAGCCCUUCAGUGGACUGCGGCGCAAUGUGCAUGCCAAAACAGGCGCAGUACGUUCAAUCGCUCAUCGACGACGCCGUUGCGCGAGGUGCAAUCGUGCAUGUUGGCGGAAAGAUUGAGCUUGGCGCGCAGGGUGGUCAGUUCUACCCGCCGACGGUCAUCUCUGGCAUCACGCACGACAUGCGCAUCGCGCGCGAGGAAGUCUUCGGUCCGGUGCUUGCCAUCGUCAAGACGAAGAGCGACGAAGAGUCGAUCGCUCUCGCCAACGACUGUGAUUUCGGUCUCGGCUCGAAUGUUUUCACCCGCUCGACCAAACGUGCAGAGUUCUUGGGUAAACAGCUCGAAGCUGGCAUGACGUCCAUCAACGACUUCUGCUCGACGUACAUGGCGCAGUCUCUUCCGUUCGGCGGCGUCAAGGAGUCGGGAUUCGACCGCUUCGCUGGUAUCGAGGGUCUCCGCGGGUGCUGCGUCCCCAAAUCCGUCGUUGUCGACAGAUUCCCGCUCCUCAUGAAGACGAACAUCCCGCCGCCGCUGUGCUAUCCAGUGGCGGACAACGCGUUCGCCUUCUGCAAAGCCUUGGCUCGCAUGUUCUUCGGUCUCUCCCUCGCCCAGCGCUUUGGCGGUCUUCUCGCCCUCGCCAAGUGCUUCUUACUCCCGAGCAAGACGUACACGAAGUACGAUUGA